UAUUGUUUUGGACCAGCAAAGACAAAACAAAAAUUUGCCUCCAAAAAGUGGAAAGUUUAAGAUCAUUUGGAUCCUUUUUAGCUUUAACUUUUCAUCUGCCCACCCGGAAACAAGAUUGUCUCAGCUCCGGUAAUGGAAUCGUUGGAAAAUAUCAACAAAGCGAAAUCGUGGACCGAUGAUCUCAAAGUGUGCAAUCAAACAGGUGUGGGAGAGGCCACAAAUCAAAUCUACAAGGAAGAUGGAAGCAAGUACGAGGGCUACAAGUCACGGGAUAAAAAGUGUCGGUCAAGUGAUAACACUUUGUCUAUGUACGCCAUACUAUCCGGUCACAACGACGUAAAGGUGGCAGAGUACGCGUUGCAAGGGUUGGCGGCUGAUCUUGUCCUGGGUCAGCUAAACUCGUGUCACAGCGAGGAGGCAGUGAAGGAGCUAAUGCGCGCCGCAUUCAACUCCGUUGAAAAGGGCUACUUGGAUUCGAUCAAUACACACGUGGCCAGAAAGACCGCCAUUCAGUUACAGCUAUCGGCGGACGGCAUGAACCAGUACGAAAUAUCGCAACAGUUUGAAAACGUGCUGCAGAGGCUGGAUUGGAUCAAUAACGAGCUUUCGAUCGGGGCUAGCGCUGUGGUCGCGUUGGUGCACCGGUCCCAUCUCUAUCUUGGCAACAUAGGCAACUGCCGAGCACUGCUGUGCAAGACGGACGAACACGACACCCUGACGGUGACGCAGUUGAGCGUGGAUCACAAUUUAUUGAAUGCGGAAGAGGCGGCACGCUUGUUUCGGUUGGGAUUGAUGGCACAGAACUUUGAGGGCGUUCCGCUGUAUAGUACCCGGUGCAUUGGAAACUAUCUGGGCAAGGCUGGCUACAAGGAUUGCAAUUUUCUCUCGAGCGCUUCCACGGAGCCGGUCAUCUUUGAGCCCGAGAUCGUCGGUGGCCUACAGAUCACGUCGGCCUGCCGGUUUCUGGUGCUGAUGUCGAGCGGUUUGUGUCGAGCGCUACACGACAUAUUUCCCGGCGAAACGUCCACCGGUAACCGGGAGCUGGUGCGUAUGAUUUCGGAAGAAUUCCAAAACCAAUCGACACUGGCCGGAGUGGCGCAAUCGGUUGUGCAUCGUAUUGUGCAGACGCACCACGAUGUGUACAUGCAGCUGGUAGAGGAAAGCAAACCGCUCACGUUCAGCAGCCGAGACGAUGUGACGCUGUUGAUAAGAAACUUCAAUUAUGCGCUCCCGAAGGCAUUUAUGAAUCGAAAGAAUGGCGGCAAUCGAAGCAUCAACUCCACUACCUCCAUGAGUUCCAACAGUUCGGAUGCUACUCCGACGGAUGGCGAUCACUCGACGAUCAAUUCCAACAUAUCCGUUACCAGUUCAAACAUAACGCAACCCGGUAACCCGUACGAUUCGAAUCAGCGCAUUCGGUCACAUGUGGAUUUCAGCGACUUUUACAGACGUGUCGCCGAAGCGAAACAGCUGGGACAGCUGCCUAGUAAUAUUGAGUUUGACUAACGUUAGGGGCGUUAAGCUAAUUGGAGCGCCCUGUUUUCUGUUGUAAAGCAUAUUGAACGACAAUAAUCUUGUGAUAUACGCGUUCGGGUGGGUCGAUCACGAGCAAAUGAUGAAACCUGUUUUACCACUAAUACCGAAGAAACAAAUAAAUAGUCUCUAGUUGUUGA